CGGCGGCGGCGGUUGGUCAGGGGCGUGCCGGCUCGGCACAGAUUGAGCUGAGAUGUCGCCCCGCAGGGAGAAGUGACCCUCCCGCGCCUGAAAGCAAUUUCAUCUCGAUAUAGAUGACCAUGCAGCCUGCAAUUCAAGUAUGGUUUGGAGAAGACCUGCCUCUAAGUCCACGGAGUCCUCUGACUCCCAGACACGGACCAGGACUAGCUAACGUGUGUCAGUAUGACGAGUGGAUAACUGUCAGGCAUGCCGCCACUCUGUUGCCCAUGCAAGAAGAUCUGUCAAUCUGGUUAUCUGGUUUAUUAGGCAUUGAAGUUAAGGCAGAAAAAUUAUUGGAAGAACUUGAUAAUGGAGUACUGUUAUGCCAACUGAUUAAGGUUCUUCAAAACAUGGUGAAAACAUGCAACUCUGAAGAACCAGAGAAUUUUCCAAUGGGAAAGGUGCCCUGUAAGAAGGACGCUGCAUCAGGUUCAUUCUUUGCCCGAGACAAUACUGCAAACUUCCUUCACUGGUGUAGGCACAUUGGCGUUGAUGAAACUUAUCUCUUUGAAUCUGAAGGUUUAGUUUUGCACAAAGAUCCAAGACAGGUGUAUCUUUGUCUUCUUGAAAUUGGUCGAAUCGUGUCAAGAUACGGGGUUGAGCCACCAGUAUUAGUAAAACUUGAGAAAGAAAUUGAAUUAGAAGAGACCUUGCUUAAUACUUCUGGGCCUGAAGAUUCCAUCAGCAUUCCAAAAUCGUGCUGUCAGCAUGAAGAGCUACAUGAAGCUGUUAAACAUAUCGCUGAGGACCCUCCUUGUAGUUGUUCGCAUCGGUUUUCUAUUGAGUACUUAUCUGAAGGACGGUACCGCCUAGGGGAUAAAGUUCUCUUUAUAAGGAUGCUUCAUGGAAAACAUGUCAUGGUUCGCGUUGGUGGAGGCUGGGAUACCCUUCAAGGAUUUUUGCUUAAAUAUGACCCCUGUCGUAUAUUACAGUUUGCUACACUAGAACAGAAAAUUUUAGCAUUUCAAAAAGGAGUUUCUAAUGAAAGUGCACCUGAUUUGCCUGCCAGAACACCUCAGCCUCCUGAAAUGAAUCCUUUGUCAGCUGUUAACAUGUUUCAGAAACAAAAUUCAAAACCUGGCACGCCUGUUGGUUUUCCAAGGGGCAAAGAAAAACAGGCACGUCAACCAGGUACAUUGCCACCAUCAUCUUCACCAAAAAGAGGCAAUUUGGGCUCAGUGUCAGUCCGUUCUAAAUUUCCAAAUGCUCUGGCAGCAUCUUCUCAUCCCAAGCUCAAGCCUUCCAAAGGCAUAACAAAGAAACCACAUGCUCCUUCGAACAGUGUUGCUUCUUCAAAUCCAGUGGGUAAAAACACUUCUUCACCAGCUUUCUCAAGAACUGUACCCUGUGCAUCCGAGUCACUGAGAAAAUGUAUGGCAUCCCCCAGUAUUCCCAAGGCCAAAGUUAUUCCAGCCAAGAAUUCAAGAGAUCUGCCUGAUUCUACACUUUUGCCAAGUAAGUGUUCUGGAAAAACGGAACCAAAGUAUUUGAAACACAAUCAUAUUUCUCCCAGGGAUGGUGCAGCAUUUCACUUAGCUGCACAUUUGAAUUCAUCCAAGUGCCCCAAGCUACCUGAAGCAAAUAUACACGCAAGGCCUAAACCUUCUCCUUCUUCCCAGUCCUCUGCAAAAAUGACAAAACCUAGUUCCAGAACCAUAGCCACAGGUCCAGGAACGCGGUCUCAGCCAUCUCAUAGAGCCCCACAAGCAAAGCCAAUCCCCGCACAGAAGCUUAAAUCAGCCUUGAGUUUAAAUCAGCCAGUUUCUGUAUCCUCGGUUUCUUCUGCAAAAGCUGCACAGGAAUUGAAAGACAAGAAUAUAGUUUCAGUUGCCAAAAAGCAGCCUCAGAAUAAAAGCACAUGCCAGAAGAAAGGACCCAGCUUCUCAAAGUCUCCUGGCCGUACCCCACUGUCCAUUGUGAGCGUUCCCCAGUCUUCUGCCAAAACACAAACUGCACCAAAGUCAGCACAGACUGCCACUAAGGGCCAGUGUUCAGCUAAAGGGUCUUCAAAAAGUAGUAAAACUCCAACGUCAACCAGGAAACCACCCUCAUCUGUUAAGGAAACAGAGAGUGGAGAUAAAAAACCUACUGCAAAGAAAAAGGAAGAUGAUGACCAUUAUUUUGUCAUGACUGGAAGUAAGAAACCUAGGAAAUAAAUACGUAUGUGUCAUUUUAA